AUGGAAGACUUCAUCGAGCGCGUGGGCCAGUCCUACCUUGAGCGAAAAGCCUUCGCGGCGCCACAACAGCUGGAGAACUUCGCAAAAAAGCAGUUCACCGGUGGGGACGAAAAAGAGGCUGAGGCCAAGAAGUCCACGGGGAAGAAGGCCACCGAAGAAGAGGAAGAGGGGGAGGACGAAGAGGAGCGGACGACGAAUAAGAAGGGUAUCGGAAAACGGGCAGGCCAGACCUCGUCAGGCUCCUUACAAAAAGACAAAGAGAUUGCAAGGUUGAAGAAACAGCUUGCGCAAUCGAAGCUCGAGAAUGCCAAAGCGCCUCAUGAAAAGAGCGCGUCCGGACUGAAGAAGUUGGGCGUAAGUAGGGCGUCGAAUGGGCAGAAAGCUUUUACGAGUAAGGCGGCCGGGGGAAAUAAAGAGAGCACGAAAUCGGCGGCGCUGGGGGCAGUGGCAGCGGUAGGUGGGAGGCAUGAGGAGAAGAAAAGCAAGAGCGGCGAGAAAGAGGCGAGGGGCAGUACACUGGCGAAAGAGGCACACAUCGUAGAGGCAUCACCCACAAAGCGGAGGACGUCGGCGAGUCAGUACCAUGGGCAUGACGGUGGAGGCAAAAGUGAGCAUGGGGCCGGGUCAAAGAGUGAACAUGGCGGUCAUGCAAAGAGCACUACUCCGCAUGCAGCUGCAGCAUCAGAUAGCAAGCGAAGACCGUCAGCCGCUUCCCAGAGCGAGCAUGGAAGCACGGCCAAGAGAAUUGCACCCGCUCCUGUGCACAAGCACCCCCCAGCACAUGCAGAGAGGUUGGGAGGAGCAAGAGCAGUAGUGGAGUCGCGGCGGCCAAAAAGACGAGAAGAGCGAGAGCGAGAUCUUUACGCCGUUGAGGUGGUGGAAGAGCUGCCGAGGGGAACAAGAAAAGAUGCUGGUGGAGUGGUGGAGGUUGAAAGCUCCAAAGGGAAAACGCUGUACAGAGUAGGAUGA